AUGCCGAGCUUAAGAGGACCACGACACGAAGAGGAACCAGACCAAGACCAAGACCAAGACCAAGACCAAGACGCUCAAGAUGGAAGAGACGGUGAAGAUCGAGAAGAAGAAGAAAAGAUAGGUUAUAGACAUGGAGACUGGACAUCUGCUUGGAUACGAGGCGGAGAGAUUUCUCAAGCCGUUUGGGUUGAUAAGCAAGUCCUCGUCUGGUGCUCGGGGGUUCACCUGGUCUUCUAUGACGUUGAGAGUAACCGAGAGACCGUUUAUUUGUGCUCAGAAGCCGAUGGGGUUUGUUCUAUCGCCGGAAAAGUUUCUCUUCAGCUACUGGCAUUCGCCGAGAGAUGCUCGAGGCCCAGAAUACUUGUCUACAAAUAUCCAGAGAUGAAGUUGUUGGCCAAGUGCCAAGAAGGUACAGAGCUUGCUUAUCUAUCAACUGCAUUUGCUACUGAUUAUUUAGUAUCUUUAACAUCUUCCCCCACUUAUUCGCUGGUCAUCUGGGCCUGGAGAACUGGAGAAAAAUUAUACGAAACCGAAACUCCGAUCUGGGACUUCAAGAGCCAGAUAAUACGAGUUUCUGAAUCUCCAUCGAUUUCCAUAGCCCAAUUAGGAGACUCCGGGAAAUUAUUCGUGUGGAAACUGAUAUCUGGUUCAAAAAUAUUUAUGACUGGAGAAGAAAUAAUCCUGCCCAGUGAAGCUACCCCAGUUUACCUUGACUGGUCACCAGAUGCUGAGCUGGCAAUUGUAGACAGACACGGACAUGUCUACAUCUCCAACAAAGAAGGGAUAAAUCGUGUCGUACUCUCCCAACACUGCGGAAUUUGUUCAGUGUACGAAGUUCCCUCCAUCUGCUGGUUCCAAGGCGGACUUAUGCUCAAAACAACCUUCUGCCAAAUGAGAUUAUACAAAAAAAAUCAGCAGAACGUUUGGCAGCGGCAGCAGUACCUCAAGUCCAACUUGAAACCCCAUAUCCUUCUUCCCCACCCAGCUGACAGUCAAAAAUUAUUUUAUUUCACCACCGAAGGCUAUUUGAUGCAAUUGGAUUUAAAUGACAAAGAAUUACUGACUCAUGUAAAAUUAUACUACGGCAGAAUUUAUCAGUUCGUCGAUUUGAUUUAUCCCUGGGGUCACCAUGCGGCUCUCAUUGACAAUAAUUGCCUAUCAAUCAUAAGUUUAACAGACGGCAACGCAGUAAGUAGCCUUGCUUUGGAAAUAAACGGCCUCGUUACUAAUCUCAAGUCCCAUGUAGAUUUCCCGCUCGUAGCAUUGACUUCUGACGCUGGAGAGCUUGCUCUCGUAGCUGUGCACAUUCCCGAUCAUCCUUCUUUACUCUUUAAGUACAAUCUGCAGAGACAGAGCCUAGACUUGAUCAAAUUUUCCGCCUGCGGAAGACACGUCGUGGCCGCUGAAGCCUCCGGCAACUGCUACUGCGUCUCCAUCGGUGAGGAUCCGUCAAGUGUCGCCUGUUUGAAAAUAAAUCAACGAGUCAUAGACAUCAAUUGCUUUGCCGAUAAGAUCACUGGAGACAUCAAAAUAAUUGCCCUGAUCCUGACUUCCUCCCAAGCUGAGACAGGACACUGUCUGAUGAUCUACAGAGUCCCCGAAGGGUUCGAGGAAUUAAUUGAGCUACCAAAGUCCUACCAGGCUUUGAAUUUUGUUGGCAACGAGUUGAAGCUGAUAGCUACUCCCUAUUUAUCGCGAGAAAUAUAUGUAUUUAGGUUGGAAGGGUCCAGGCUGUGUUUAGUUGAUUUUUUGGUGACGGAGCAUCAGCUGAGACACUUAAAACUAGACGGCAAUCGUUUUUGUGUAACUGCAGCUGGCUCUGAUGGGAUGAUAACUAUUUUUAGUGAACGAGAUUAUUCCAAGUAUAUUAUUUUAUUGUCACACCACAGAAAGGAUCUGGGAGUGUCUAGAGCAAUUUGUAGCGUCUCUGUGGACUCGGUAAUUGCCUUAGGACGUGAUGGUUCUCUGGUAUGUUUAAAAUCUCCCGUUACUUCGAGUUAUAACACUAAAAAUAAUACAAAUUUUGAUGAUUAUUUUUCUUUGAAUCCUGGGAUAUAUCAACUGCUCUCGCGGGAGUGCCUAAAAAUUCCUGUGGACAGUAAUCAGACCUGGGAAGAGUGGAACAGUGAGCGGGAAAAAUUAAAAGAGGAGCUGGAGUGCAGGAAAAAAAAAAUGGAAAUCAAGAGCGAGUUAUUGGAACUGAAAAAUAAAAUCCAGAAGAUGUUGGAUAAGAAUCAGAACUCCAAGGAAAUAGAACGAUUGCCUGUUGGCUUUUUUGAUCUCGCGCGAUUUCCAAGGGAACAAAAGAUAAAGGCCGGUAAAGAAGAGCGCGAAGAUCUGAGGCUGAAAUUCAAAUUUGAGUGCGAUGCAAUGGAUAAAGUGUCCAAGUGGAUUAAAAUAAACUUUUGGGAUCCACAUAAAGUUAAACCCAAGUCAGUUUACUCGUUUAGUGACACUGUGAUAACAAAUUAUCCGUCAAUUGAGGACCCCGCGGACGAAGGAGUGCUUGAGUGGAUUGAUGGGCUCGAAGAAAGUGUAAAAAUGAACGUUAAUACCCGGAUAAAUAGUGUCGGCCGUGAAUCAAAACACUAUUCUCUUGUGAAAAGUACAUACAAGAGUAGUAAAGAUGAGAAAUCAGUCAUAGAGAGUCUGAUGAUUGAUGACGACGAGCUAGAAGACCAAGAGUUGAGGCUCAGAGAAGAACGAGCCACUCAGGGGACAACGACCCACAGAUUUAUUCAGACUCACUUUCAGCAUUCCCAGUUUGACAAUUACUGUCUUGAGGAGUUUUCAUUUGUCAAUAAGUGUUUUCUGCAAGACAUUCGGAGACUUGAAGAUUAUUUCAACGAAAUGUUCGGGAAGAUUUUCGAUGACAAACGGAAAGAAGUCGCUAAGAUCGAAGAACUGAAGAAGAAGUUGAAGUUCAUCAGCACGGAAAUGAAACUGGUGUUUGACAAAACGCUUUUGGUUGAUGAUUUUGAACACCAGUGGAGGGGAGAAGAAAAUCCUGAGUCGGUCAUUAGACUGAAAGUUGGACUCGACGAGGUUAGAAGUGAAGUCGGAAUGGAUGAUGGUAAACAGGAGUAUGUAAAUGUUAAUGCAGAUGCAGAAGCUGAGAGAAUCAGAUUGAAGGAGUUGACUGAUGAGUUUCGUGAGAAGACGAUGGCGAUGAUGGACGGCGUUGAUAUGCGCUGGGAGGAUCUUUUCAUGAAGGAAAUAACGCGACCUAGAUGUAUGGAAGUAAAGAGUCCUGAACAAUAUGACGUCCAAGAUGUAUUGACUGUUGAAAAAUAUGAAAAACAAGUUUUUGCAUUGAAUUUUCAGCGGGAAAAGUACCGCAGGAUUCUGGAAAAUGAUUUUCAGAACACUGCUAAAAAUUUGAAAGAGACAAUAAGCGAUUUCAAUAAGCGCUGUCAUGAUUUUUUUGAAGUUAAAAUCAAAAUCGACGCGGCUAUUGGCCAGAUAAAUUUACUUCGUUAUCGCGGGUUUAUUUCUUUUGCUAAAAAAUUUGAAAUGCGGUAUGAGAUUCAGAGAAUUGAAAAAUUAAUUGGCAACAAAAAGGCGGCUAUUGAAAUUAUUUUUGAAAACAAUUCAGAGCUUCAAAAACUAAUUUUCGAAUUGAAGGACAAGAGGCGAAUUAUCGAAAAUGAAGAAAAAAAUUUUUUGGAAAAGGUGCGAAAGGAAUUUAUCGGAAAAUAUGGAAAAUUAAUUUUUGAAGCUAUGAAAAAAUAUUUAAAGUCACAGUUUCCAGCACGGGCGAGUGCUAAUGACUUACACGAGCUAGCAAAGUGUGUGAGAGGUGAGAAAUUUGAAUAUUUAUUUGAAGACGAUUGCGUGGAUUAUUUAAAGAGGAUUGAAUUGAUGGAAGAACCAGAAGAUUUACCAGAAUUUAUUUCACCUGAGCAUUGGAAUUAUUUUGUUGGAUUUAAGAGGAAGAAAGUAGAAAUAGAAUUAAGGUUGCGUGCUAAUUCAAUUGAGAUAAGUGAGAUUGAGGUAGGUGUCAGUAAUAAUAAAAUAAAAAUACGUAGGCUGGAAGAAGACGUGGGCAAACUGGAGGAUAAAGUGCGACGACUAACAGAUAAACUGAUAGAAUUUGAUUUAAAUAUUGAAAUUCAAUUAGUAAUGGAAAUGAGGCAAGUGGAGAUUGAUUUGUGUGCCAGCAGAGAAGACGCUAAAAAUGCAGACCUAAUUCCGCGUGAGCGAGUAGAGGAGGUCAUUAAAAAAGUCAUCACGGCCGCUGAAUAUAAAUUAAAAAUUUUGCAGAAGGUCACAAGUUUCAAUCGCGGCCUAGUUAUCAAGGAGUGGGAGCACAAAGUUCUGCGUAUGAGGAUGGAUGACUUUUUCUCCGAGCUUCGGGAUGUCAAGACCUUCGUUGUCACCAAAGACACGAGGGUGCUGCUGAGAAGGAUGUUCGAGGGUUUGAAAGACGACAAAACUCCUCAGCAGCUUGCGAGGGAACUCGCGGCGAUUAAAAAUACUCAUGACAAAUUUUUAAAGCAAGCCUUGGCGAGGGUUCGAGAGAUUGAAGCCAAAGUCCAGGCCGUGAGAAAAGACAAUCAGCGACUGGAUAAAAAAAUCACGCACAUGAAUGCGGCAGAAGUGGAAGUGAAAGAAGAAAUAGAAGUAUUAGAUGGAAAUGGAUUAAAGAUGGACGAUAAGAAAUGA